UGGAAUUGUUAAAUCUGUCUGAAGUGACCCAGCGGUGUUCUAUAUACGAGUAAAACGCGAUAACCCAUUUUUGCAACAAAAACAAAACACAUCCGCUAGCUGGCCGAGAGUGUGGAGGCAUCGUACCAUAACAAUUUAAUAUAUUUUCAGAGUUCAGAGAUAACCAGUUUUAAUUGUGCUGUAGCUUGCUCUCUCAGCUUGUGAUUCGCGGCUGUGAGCUUGCUAGAAAAUUGGUAAAAACACGAGUUUGACGCUUUGAAGCUGCUGAUUGCAACGCUAAGUUUAGGUUAAGGUUUUUGUACUUUGGAUACUUUUUCCUUGUGAUGGAUAAGUUAUUGGUGGUGUUUGUUGUUUUAUCUAGCUUAGAAUAUUAUGGAUGUAAGUAUUCCUUUUUUAUAUGGUUAGUAAAAGAUAAGGAUCGGAUGGUAUUACGGCCUCAGAAACAGAAAACUUCAAUGCAAGUUAAAGGCAGUACCGGACAAUCUUGUUGAAAUUUUGAGUAAUACCAAGGAUGUGAAGUAAAAAAAAUCGUAUGUCGAGAACUUUUAUAAUGUAUAAGGUCAUUCAGAAUAAAUAUCAACGUGUCAUUCAGGUGACAAGUAGUAAGAAGAAAAUAUAAUGUUGUCAGUCCAGGUGGUUUUGUUCAGGUUGUUUAUUCUGAACAGCAAAUGUUUUCAGCAAACUAAUUAUUUUCGAAUUACGAUAGGCUAAAGUUCAAAGAUUCCUCUACAAGAUGCCCAGUUGGAAUUAGUCAUUAUUUAAUACCAAAAUAACUCUUUUCAAUUGUUAAUUAUGAAAAUUAAAAUUGUGCAUAUUUGUGGUUACUUUAUAAGUAUUUCGAAAAGGGUUAACCAAAGAUAACUCACUAUGGAUGCCUUUGUUCAAAAUGAGUGAAGAAUUUGAAAAGAUAUUGCCGAGCAGAACUUUCGUUUUUGUUGAUUGAUGGUAUAGUGGAAUGGUGUAUAGAAUGUGAGUGUUAUUUUUUUUAAUAUCAAUACUUUUUGCGUAGGUGACGAGUUGGUUCAUUCGUGUAUUUAGGGUGCCCUCACAAAGGUGAUUAUGAAAAAAGUAUUACGGGAAUAUUUUUCUCAAAGUAGCUCUGAUUUUCGACUUGUUUGAUCAGCGUGUGAUGACUACUUGUCGCAAUGCUUUGAAAUAGUAUGAACCAAUUUUCGAAAGGGGGUAUAGUAGAGAAAUAUUUGAACUAUAAGCUUUGAUUAAGGCACAUGGCGACCUGAAGAUUCAUUAUUUUUUCUAAUUCUAAACGAUCACUUUCAAAAUAAAAUCUGACAAUAGGUUACCUUUUACUCACAAUCUUUGUGAGAUAAGAAGAACAAAAGGUUUAUUUUAUUUAUUGAUUUAAAAACGUUCUGUCCCUUCCCAAGGAAGUGAUUAUGAGAAAAACAAAAUUUUUAAACGGAGCUAACGUAGCGUUGUUCAAAAGGGUACCAACUAAUAAAAUACUAUGAAAUUGGUUAAAGGUGUCGUACUUUCAACAUUUUUUACGGCUCUGUAAUGUAUAAUGUUUGCGAACUUGUUUAUGUCGUAGUCUUAAACAUUAUUUUAGCGCUGCAUAAAUGAUUGGAAAUAUUCAGUGAUCAGGCUAAAUUUGUGAUAAUGUUACAACUCCGGAGCAUUUCUAAGUUCGAAUUCGAAGUCUAUCUGAAGGAAACUCCAUCAGUUAACUGAUGUUAUUUAUGUUAUGAGCCAGUAUAAUCAAUAACGAUUGUACAUGCUGUGGUUAUACGAGUAUGCUCAUUAUAAUCUCUUAUAUUUUUUUGUCGUAAAGCCUAACUCCUCAGGCACUAUAUUUUUCAGAUGCUUCAAUAUGUAAACCAUACUCUUAUUUCACCAUGGACUGUAAUACAUGUAGCUGUGAUAGAAGUGGGAAAGAAUAUUCAUGUACAAGAUUUAUUUGCCCAGUUAAGACUUACGAGGAGAGAUUCAUCAUCGAUAAAACUGAGGAUGGUCACACCUUGUUAAAACCAAGACCCAGGAAAGAGCAAGGAAUAGACAUAAACGAUGGCGAAUAUAUGUUCGUCGGUUCUACUAUUCACAGUAGGAAAAUAAGAGUUUCUCCAAAGUUUCGAUACACAGAUGACGAAGUUCCUUCAUCAGGGUCAGAUACUUAUAGUGAUGAAAUUGCAAAUCACAUGGAUAAUCAUAUUGAAGAACGUAAUGGAAAAGGAUAUAUAUGGUCACAUGAUGAAGAAAUGUUUACUGACGACGAAAAUUCUCAAGACUCAUCAUCAGUGGACGCAUGGAACAAAAAAAUACCUCACAGGUCUUAUAAAAAAAGAGAUUUAAAAACAUGAGGUACAAUAAUGUCUGUGGUUUUUAUACUUUUCUGCUUAAUAUUUUGUAAAUAUUUUCAUGAACGUUGCUUUGAUAUUCUCUGUUUCCUAUGACAACUGCUGUUUUUGAUGUUAUAUCAUAUAUUUGUACAGUUAUCAGGACAUAGUAUGUAUGUUCUUUCAAAAAGAAUUAAAGAUCAACAAAAAUCGACUAUGAGACGCAAAAAGAUUCUGUAGAAAAGCCUAGUGCGAGUACAGUCAACGACUUUUAAAAACUGCAUCAUGUUUAUUUACUGCCUCGUCACCAUCCAUACGUUAAGGUACGUUAACCAAUCUAGUGUCAGUUGCACACUCUCUGCCGAGUGCUUUCGUCAUGUUACACCGACGGCACUCGUGCAAGAGUUCGAAUGACGAGUGUAAACUUUUUUUCAACUCAACUUGUUAUGCCACCUGUACACUCUCGAAAAUCGAACUGAUUUAUGAACUCAAUCACUUGGAACUUAUAGCAGAUGAGGCGAGGCAAGUCAAUAGAAGUGGAAAUGGAGGUAGCAUGUCGUGGUUGUUCCGAGGAAGACUCCUAUGUGUUUAGAAGCAGUAGAAACAGAAUGACAUAAAAAGUCCUUUAGAUUUAAGAAAUUGGUUUCGCUUCCAAUCGCAUCGAUUGUUAGUAAAUCUCUACAGCAUUACUAGAGUUUCAUAUUAUUAAACUCUUGUACAUCAGAUCACGGACAUCAAAACAACGACGAUGUACAUUCUGGUACUCGCGGUGCCUCGAGGAGAGUGUACAGCUGUCAUAACAAGUUCAGCUGAAGACACAUAUUGGUCGCUUACGAGACCUGCAGUGUUCCACACACGCAUCGUCAGGUACUCGUAUCGUUUUUCUUCA